AAAAUCUUGAAUAAGCGAACGAGCCAACAAAAUAUAUAUUGGCAAAUAAGCUCUAAUCACCGACUGCGCUAGUCCAAGCUCUAACUUUGUGAAAUCGAUAAGCGGUUUCAGCUUUCGCUCUCUUCUCAGCGACAAUUCGGCCCAAAGUUAUUGCGCGCGAGAAAGCACCGAGCUACACGGAAAUGCAGUCGCAAGAUUCAUGUUCUAUAUAAACAGGCAUCGUUCCCAUCCUCUGGACGCUACCAUGCAUAUCAACCGCGUUUACGUUUAUCUUUGGCUCCUCGAUUAUCCAUCAAACUUUGCGCCCUGCAUCUGCUAGAGAGUCUCUAGUGGUUCGUAUAUCCCUCCGGUCUACUGCUACCUGGGAAGAGAGAAAUACCAUACGUUGACCGAUUUUGUCUCUGUGAAUCAACAUUUGAGAUUUGGCUACUGCGUCAUUUCGAUCUAUACAACUCGCCGAAGGAGUGUCUUUAGUUCUCACUCCCAAUUCUGCAAUGGCGCCAUCGUGUGAAGAGUGCAUCAAAGGUAGCAUCCAUGCUGGCCUGCCCAAGGGCAAGGAAGAAGUCAUCCACGGUCUCAAUACUUAUGUGAUCGGCAACCGCACCAACCCUCGGGGCAUCAUUGUGGUUUAUUCAGAUAUUUUCGGUCUAGCACUACCAAACAACAAGCUGAUCGCGGAUGCCUACGCUGAAAGUGGCGAGUGGCUAGUUUACCUUCCCGACUUUUUUGAAGGUGAUCCUGCACCGCUCAAGUUUGCUGAUGUCGCCAUUCCAGUCGAUGCGGCCAAGCAAUCAACAUUCGCAAAGUAUACCGGUCUUCUCGCCAAUGUCCCAUCCGUGCUCAUAUGGAUGAUGAGGCACAAGGAGCCACAGACAAAUAAAGUUUGCAUGGACUUUUUGCAGGCUUUGAGACGGGCGACUCCAAAGAACCAAAAGAUCGGGAUGGCUGGAUUCUGCUGGGGCGGAAGAUAUGCUCUUCGAGCUGGCCUAGAAAGCAACAUGAUUGAAAUGAACGGGGAAAAGAUACCGCUUAUUGAUGCAGCGGUGGCUCUGCACCCAAGUAAUCUGUCAUUUCCCGGCGACGUUGAGGCUCUAGUUGUUCCCGUUACUAUCGGCUGGGGCUUGGAGGACAUUGGAGUGAAGAUUGAGCAAAAAGGCAAGGUCGAGCAAAUCCAUGACAGCGCUAAGAAAGGGGGAAGGAAGUAUCCAGAAAUUGUUCAUAAGGUGUAUAAGCCUGGCCGUCAUGGAUUUGCCGUAAGAGGCAACCCGGAUGAUCCUCAGGAGAGAGCCUGUCUGGAGGACUCCAUGGCACAGGCUUUAGACUGGUUCAAGCGGUGGCUUUGAGUGAUUGAUUGAUUCCCAAAUUACUUUUCCUUCUUCCUGCAAGCUUAAAGUCGGAAAUAUUUGAACUUAGAACAAUUAGCGAUUUGCGUACUAAUCAAUUGGUUUUGCUGUGAAUUUAGUCAUAUUCAUAAUACUAG